CAGUGCAGUAGUUUUCAGGCCUGUGACGGCGGUCAAUCGGUGGAAAUCCGCUUCGAAAUAGUGGCAAAAAAUUUUCCCUCAGUCGCUCUGCUAUUUUCCACCUUCGCUUGCGGGCGAGAAUGAGACGGCAACAGCGGACCGACUGGCCGCGUCGGGGCAUCGCGUGUGCGCAAGCGAGAUGAGGCUAUCGACCAAGCGACGGCAUACGCCAAAGUCGAAAAGUGAUUUUUUCUUCGUUCGUUCGGGCGAAGUCGAAACUGCUCGAAUGGUUUUAUAAAUAAAGACGCGCAAAUUCAGAGUAAAAUAUACGAGAAACACAAUCUCCGACGAGAGAGAGUAAAAUGAAUAAUGAUGCGAAAUCCCAUAAUUGCGAUGACUUGAAUAAUCAGGGUUCCACGGCUUAUAUUAACAAAGCAACAUCUAAAUCAACAACCAACAACAAUACAACAAAAGCAGCAACAACAAGCACUGGCAAGAACAAUACCAAUAGCACCAAUAACAACAACAAUCAAAAAACCAACAACAGACAGUUUAAUCACAACUUACCUCGAAUUGCCGCCGCCGCCAGGCAUCCGUUAGCCGCCGCUAUCCUUAAGGCCACCAGUGGCCAACGGAAGUUCGUGCCAGCGGCCAAGAAUGAGCCACUGAAGCAGGGAGCAGCAGCAGCCACUACAACCAGCAGCAGCAGCUCUAGCUCCAGCUCGAACGCGAGCUUGGCAGCUCCUCUCAGCGGCAGAUUGAAAGUUAACAGUAACAGCCACCACCCAGCCACUGCCAAGAUGUCCGGUACCAGCAGCCAGGCGGCGGCCACGCCCACGCCGCCAACGGCCACCUCAACCACCACAACCACAACGAACGCCAGCGGCGUCUGCAGCGGCACGCCCACAAGCAGCAGCAGCAGCCCCAGCGGCGCAAGCGGGAGUGGGACCAUCAGCGGAACCACGGUCAUUGCCAAUCCUGCAUCGGUGUCCACCACUGCCGCCGGCAGCGCUGCCAAGUUCCGGGCUGCCGUCGCCUCGGCGCCCAGCUCAGGAACGCCCGCGCCUCCACCCGCUACCGCACCUGCUCCUGCACCGGCGCCGAGCUCUAGCAACGCCAUUGCUGCCGCAACCACUGUCGCCUCCGUCUCGUCCUCCUCGAAGAAGACACGGGCAGCUGUGGCCGCCCUUAAGCGGCAGGUGGCCAUGCAGCAGCAGCAACCCGCUGCGUCUGGAGCCGGCAAUACACCCAACUUGACCAGCAAGGAUUCGGCGCAUUUAAAAUUCGCCGCAACCACUUUGCUGAUGGGCGCCGCCGCCGCUGCCGUCGAUAGCAACGCUGGCGCUGCUACUGGUGGAGCGGGAGCUGUCGGUGGAGCCCGCGGCAUGUCCCUCAAUCCCGCCGUGGAUGUGGCCAAUGCGGCGGCUGUGCUCAAGCAAAAGCUUAAGGACGCCGCCGCAGCCGCAUCGGCGUCCGCCUCCAAUCGAUCCGCCUCGUCGUCCAUGUCGUCCAACGCCUCCUCGCUGUCGUCAUCAGUGGGCAUCGUGAAUGCCAUUUCGUCGGCGCUGCAGAACAUCAUCACGCCGGACACGGACACCGAUACGGAGUUCUAUCCCCAGCCUGUCACCACCGACUUGUCAGAGUCGGAGGAGGAGUCUGUCUCAGAGAUCCUAUUGGCAUUCUUGUGUUUAAGGCCAGAUCUCCUGGAUGAUAUUCCCGAGUCAGAUCCCGAUAGCUGCCCGCACGAGGGCGAGGUGCGCGAGGAUGAGGAUGAGACGGAGGAGGAGUCUGAGGACUCGGACGAGUCUGAUGGCGAUGACGAAGAGGACGAGGAGGAGAUAGAUGUGCUGCAGGACAACGAUGCGGACGAUGAGGAGAUUGACGACGAGGACGAGGAGGAAGAUGCGCCCUUUUUGUUAGACGCCAACAACAAGCGAUCGAGUAAUCUCACCGCCCUGCUGGAGGCCGCGGCCAAUGAGAAGGCACCCGUCCUGCGUCACGCCACCCAUGCCAUUGAUGAGACCAAGCAGGCGCUGACCAAGAUGCGUUGUGCCAGCAGCCCGCGCGACAAGAACAGCAGUGGCUUCUCCCGAUCCCUGGUGGCCGCCUGCACGGAUAACGACGUCAAUACGGUGAAGCGGCUGCUCUGCAAGGGCAAUGUUAACCUUAAUGAUGCCGCUGCUUCCACGGACGAUGGCGAAUCUCUGCUCUCGAUGGCCUGCUCGGCGGGCUACUACGAGCUGGCUCAGGUUCUGCUGGCCAUGUCUGCCGCCCAGGUGGAGGACAAGGGGCAAAAGGACUCUACGCCGCUUAUGGAGGCAGCCUCCGCGGGGCAUUUGGACAUUGUGAAGCUGUUGCUGAGCCACCAUGCCGAUGUAAAUGCUCAUUGCGCCACCGGUAAUACCCCGCUCAUGUUCGCCUGUGCCGGCGGUCAGGUAGAUGUGGUCAAGGUUUUACUCAAGCACGGCGCCAACGUUGAGGAGCAGAACGAAAACGGACACACGCCCCUGAUGGAGGCCGCCUCCGCCGGCCAUGUUGAAGUGGCAAAGGUGCUGCUGGAACAUGGAGCCGGCAUCAACACCCACUCGAACGAGUUUAAGGAGAGCGCCCUUACUCUGGCCUGCUACAAGGGUCACCUGGACAUGGUCCGAUUCCUGCUACAGGCUGGUGCCGAUCAGGAGCACAAGACCGACGAAAUGCAUACCGCCCUAAUGGAAGCCUCAAUGGAUGGUCACGUUGAGGUGGCGCGGCUGCUGCUGGACUCGGGUGCCCAGGUGAAUAUGCCGACGGACUCGUUCGAGUCACCGCUAACGCUAGCCGCCUGCGGUGGGCACGUCGAAUUGGCCACCCUGCUGAUUGAACGCGGCGCCAAUAUUGAGGAGGUGAACGAUGAAGGCUACACUCCGCUAAUGGAGGCUGCGCGCGAGGGCCACGAGGAGAUGGUGGCGCUGCUGCUUAGGAAGGGGGCGAACAUCAAUGCUACCACGGAGGAAACGCAGGAGACGGCCCUCACGUUGGCCUGCUGCGGCGGGUUUAGUGAAGUGGCUGCCUUUCUAAUCAAGGAAGGCGCCAAUCUGGAACUGGGCGCCUCCACGCCUCUCAUGGAGGCCUCACAGGAGGGACACACUGACCUGGUACGCUUCCUGCUCAAGAACAAGGCCAAUGUUCAUGCCGAGACGCAGACAGGAGAUACGGCCCUGACGCAUGCCUGCGAAAACGGCCAUACGGAUGCGGCUGGCGUUCUCCUAUCCUAUGCAGCCGAGCUGGAGCAUGAAUCCGAAGGCGGACGAACGCCACUGAUGAAGGCCUGUCGCGCCGGACACCUGUGCACCGUCAAGUUCCUCAUUCAGAAGGGCGCCAACGUCAAUAAGCAGACGACCAGUAAUGACCACACUGCCCUGUCGCUAGCCUGCGCCGGUGGUCAUCAGUCUGUGGUAGAACUGCUACUGAAGAACAACGCCGAUCCGUUCCACAAGUUGAAGGACAACAGCACCAUGCUAAUCGAGGCCUCCAAAGGUGGGCAUACGAGAGUCGUUGAGCUCCUAUUCAGCUAUCCCAACAUUUCGCAAACGGCUGAUAUGGCAGCGGCUGCGAAUGCCAACCAACAAGCGGCCGCUGCCGCCGCAGCUGCAGCCGCCGCCGCUGCCGCAGCUGGGUCCAAUCAGAUGCGCCUGCAGCAACAGAAGAUCCUCCAGCAGCAGCUGCAACAUCAGUUGCAGCAGCUCAACGCUCCCCCUGGAUUGCAUGAGCUAUCUGAGGCGGCGCGAGCCUCUAACCAGCAACUGUUCCACCAGCAGCAGUUCAGCAGUACCGGCAAUGUAUCCACGAACAUCGUGGCCCUGGGCACUGGGGACUUUUUGGACGCCGGCGAGCUGCAGUUGACGGCAACAUCGUCGGGUAUGGGCGGUGCCGGAGCAGGUGCCAGCACCACCGGGAGUGAAGCUGGCAUGGAGGAGUACGGAGAAGUGGGAGGCAUUGAUCUGACCACCCUGGGCGCCCAGCAGCAGGAGGGUCUUAUUGCCAAGUCGCGACUAUUCCACCUGCAGCCGGGCUUUGAGCAGCAACAGCAGCAGCAGCAGCCACCGCUGGUGCCGUGCAAGCACUUUGACCUGGACAUGGAGCACAUCAACUCUUUGCAGCCGCCGCAGAAGGCACCGCCAGCUCCGCCAGUGCUCUUCCACACAGUUUGCCAACAGCCUGUAAUGCAACAGCAGCAGCAGCCACUGCCUCAAGGUCAGGCCAAGCUGAAGGGCAUCCUGCCGAAUAGGAAUCGUGUGUUGAAGUCUGGCGACGUGGUGGAGUUCAUCGACUGCCCGCUCGAUCAGCAACAGCACACUGAGCAGGUGCGUUCACAGCCACUGGGUGAGGAUGGAAAAUCUCCCCAGUUCGCCUGCGCUGGAGAGGAUCCACGGCUGCAGCGACGUCGCGGCUUUAUGCCUGAGGUAAAGAAGGGCGAACUGCCGCCGGAUGCCACCACGAGCAGCAGUGGCAUAGACCCCAACGAGCCAGCCUUGAAAGUAGAAGCCGAAGCCACAGCGCUGGACAAUAGCCAGCGAACCUGUGGCGGAGCCGUCAUUACACACUCCUCGGAAGUUCUUCAGAGCACAGCCAUUAGCGACAGGCCCAAGGUCAAGGCCACCAACAAGAGCAAUCGCAAGCAGGCAGCCGCAGCAGCAGCAGCGGCGGCAGCGGCAGCAGCAGCUGCAGCCCAGCAUGCCCAUCAGGUGUUACCGAAUCUGCAGCAGAACCAGAUGGUCUCCAUUUACAACAACUUCGUGAGUAGAUUCCAACUACCAAGUGACACACGCGACAUAUCUUCUCCUUAUUUCACACAGCAAAUGCAGCAGACACAUUUGCAAUUGCAACAACAUCUGCAAUUGCAUCAUCAACGUGUGGCUUUGGACAAUGCAGCAGCCGCCGCGGCGGCAGCAGCAGCAGCAUCAGCGACUUCUUCGUCUAAUGUCGUGGCCUACUCCAAUUCACCGGCCUCGCCCCUCGCUUCUCCCACAGGCAGCGGCAAUUUCGCUGACCAACAGCAGCAGGAAUCCUUGGAUGUGGCCCUGCAGCGCAAGACGGCCAUGGAGGAUUUCCGCGGCAUGCUAGAGACUGCGGUUAAUGGGUCGCGAGGAGGCAGGAAGGACCCAACCAUGAAGCCAAAGUUGAACUUUUUCGAUGACGGUUGGCAUAUGGUUGGAGUGCAUAAUUUCUUUGGCGAUCAGCCCAAGUCGCCCACAGAGACGCCGCCGGAAAUGGAGGAGACCACCAUGUCGCCAACUGAAAGCGAUGAUCAUCGCCUAGGCACGGAGCCACGGGCCGAGAUGAAAAAUCUAGCUACGCUCUGUUCCGCGGCAGCAGCGGCCGCUGCUGUGGCAGCAGCCAAUAAGGAUGCGGAUGAGAUAAGCACAGAUAUUGAGAGCGAUGAGGACAUUGAAGGGGCUGGUGCCGAUGGGGCAGAGGGUGAUGAGAAUACUUUGCCGCCCGAACCCAUUGCUUUGGCUGCGGCUCUCCGUGAGGAUGGCAUCAUUCUGGAAGAGGAAGAAGACGACGACGAUGACGAAGAAGACGAGGAGGAGGAGGAUGACGAGCAGGAUACCAACAGCGGAGAUAACAUCGAUAAGCUUACCUAUGACGAAGAUGAUGCUGAUGUGGACAAUGAGGGAGAGGUGGAUUACAUUGAUGAAGAUGAAGGCGCUGCCGAGGGAGAGGAGGAUGAGGACGAUGAUGAGGAUGAUGAGUUCUUUUUGGAUGUGCCCGUCAAUGAUCAGGGUGCCGCCAAUAAUAACAACAACAAUAAUAACAACUCAAAGAACAGCUCUAGCAGCAGUUCACUGCCUACCAAGCAGCGCAAGAUGGCCACACGAUUGGAGAACUUGAUCCUUACCUCGCAGACCUUGUGCGACUUCCCGCCCGACCUCACCAACUCGGAGCUGGUCCACGUUUUGCCCCAGAUAAGCAAUCUCAAGGCGGCGGCCACAAGCAAUGCGGCUUUGAACAGCGUUCUCCAGCAACAGCUGGCAGCUGCCACAGCAGCAGCAGCGCAUGCCAAGGCAGCUGCGGUUGUUCACCAGAAGCAGCAGCUCCAGCAUCAAGUGGACGGUAGUGAUCAGCAGCAGCAAUGCGUUGAGGAUGAUGGCAGCGCUGGACCCAGCGAGCUAUAUCCCGGCUUGGAGCACUUUGCCAACGAUGGCGAAAUGGAGGACAUAUUCCAGGAGCUGGCAAGCAGCCUUAACUACCCCGAGCUGGCCGAGUUUAGCCUUAACCAGAUGUGCAAGGGUAGGUUUGCCGGCAGCUGGGCAGCGGCGGCGCAAUCAUCAUCGGCCAAGUGGCCCGGCCAGGAGCAGUUGGUAGGUGUGGUCAGAUCGCCAGGAGAAGUGCCGCCAGAUGCACAGCAGCAACAGGCGAAUCUCGUCCUGCUGGACUAUCCCAUGCGGCAAAACAUCCCACUUGACCAGCGACUCCUCGAGGCGGAUGAAAUGCACCUGCAGCAACAUCAACAGGCUCCGCUUUCGUUACUGCCCUUCACCACCACCACGGACGAUCAGCAGCAGCAGCAGCUGCAGCUGCAUCAUCCAGCGGCCGAUUUCCACCAGCAACAGCUCGCCUUGGAGAACGAUCCAGAGCUGAAGCAGCAGAUGCAACAGUACUCCAAUGCGCGAAUCAUUAAGGCUGUGGCUGCACACCAACACCAGCAGCAGCAGCCGCCUGCCACCAACUUUGUGUACAACGUGGAAAGCGGCGACAAGAAUGCGCCGCCAGUCCAGUUGCUUUUCCAGCUGCCGCCCAACAUGUCCCAGCAACAACAGGCCUUGGGAGAGCCUCUCACUGAGCAACAGCAGCAGCAGCAAAUUUUGCACGCCGAGCAGGCCCACCUUUUCCAGCAUCAUCGAACCGCCGGUGGCCAGCGUGCGCCCACCCAGAACGAGUUGGAGCAGGUGGCCCAGGAGCUGCUGCUUCAGCGUAGUAGCGGACAGGCUUCGGCCGGAGCGCAAUUGCCUCUUAAGCAAAAGCACUUUAACCUGCAGGAACAGCUGCUGCUACAUCCGCCGCCGCUCAUGCAGGCGCCCACCUGUGUCCAGCAUCAGGUGGCCACACAGACGCAUCCUGCCUCCGUGGUUGUGCCGCAGCCCGCAGCAGUGGGACAGUAUACCCAGUUCGCCCUGCAGCCUCCACAGCAGCAGCAACAGCAGCUGCAGCAGCAGCCGCAGGGACAGCAGCAGAACGAGCUCUCGAUUUGGCCAAUGGGCACGCCCACACCCACGCCCAGCAGUGGAGUGAGUGCCACCACCAAAUCAAUGCCUGGCGGCAUUGCCAAAAAGGCAAUUGACAAGCAGUCGCGCAAGGAUCGCCGAUGCUCUGGAUUCCGGCAAACACCAGCCGGCAGUCAAGUGAAUACGAAUCAGCAUCAACAGCCCCAGGUGGCAGCAACGGCCCAGCAGCAGGCGCAACUGCAGAACCAGCUGACCGUGGCCACCCCCGCCUGCGUGGACAAGACGAUUGAGAUCGAUUCCGAGACCGAGUCGAACCACGACACAGCCUUAACACUGGCCUGUGCCGGCGGGCACGAGGAGCUCGUUGAGCUGCUCAUCAGUCGGGGAGCGAAUAUCGAGCACCGGGACAAGAAGGGAUUCACACCGCUGAUACUGGCGGCCACAGCUGGACAUGACAAGGUCGUGGACAUUCUGCUCAAGCACAGUGCCGAGCUGGAGGCCCAAUCCGAGCGCACCAAGGACACGCCACUGUCGUUGGCCUGCUCAGGCGGCCGCUACGAGGUGGUCGAGCUCCUGCUCAGCGUCGGUGCCAACAAGGAGCACCGCAAUGUGUCAGACUAUACACCAUUGAGUUUGGCGGCCAGUGGCGGCUAUGUGAACAUCAUCAAGCUGCUGUUAAGCCAUGGAGCUGAGAUCAAUUCCCGAACGGGCAGCAAGCUGGGCAUCUCUCCCCUCAUGCUAGCCGCCAUGAAUGGCCAUACGCCGGCGGUGAAGUUGCUUCUGGAUCAGGGGUCCGACAUCAACGCUCAAAUCGAGACGAAUCGCAACACUGCGCUCACUUUGGCCUGCUUCCAGGGCAGGCAUGAGGUCGUUAGUCUGCUCCUCGACCGGCGGGCCAAUGUCGAGCACCGAGCAAAGACUGGCCUCACACCGCUAAUGGAGGCCGCCUCCGGCGGAUACAUCGAGGUGGGUCGCGUCCUGCUGGACAAGGGGGCGGAUGUGAAUGCCGCUCCAGUGCCCACAUCCAGGGACACGGCGCUGACCAUUGCCGCCGACAAGGGCCACCAGAAGUUUGUGGAGCUCCUGCUGUCGCGGGGGGCCAGUGUAGAGGUAAAAAAUAAGAAGGGUAACUCGCCGCUCUGGCUGGCCGCCCACGGGGGCCACCUGAGUGUCGUAGAACUCUUGUACGACCACAAUGCUGACAUUGACUCGCAGGACAAUCGGCGCGUCUCCUGCCUGAUGGCCGCCUUCCGCAAGGGUCACACCAAGAUUGUCAAGUGGAUGGUUCAGUAUGUGUCCCAGUUCCCCUCCGACCAGGAGAUGAUCCGCUUCAUUGGCACCAUCAGUGACAAGGAGUUAAUUGACAAGUGCUACGAUUGCAUGAAGAUUCUGCGCAGCGCCAAGGAGGCACAGGCCGUCAAGGCCAACAAGAAUGCAUCCAUUCUGCUUGAAGAGCUGGAUCUGGAGCGGACACGCGAGGAGAGCCGCAAGGCGGCCGCUGCCAGACGUCGUGAGCGGAAGAAGAAGAAGAAGAUGGAAAAGAAAGAGGAGAAGCGACGCCAGCAGCAGGGCAGCGGUCACAGUGGAGCCGAUGGAGAUGACCAGCAGGGCGAUGAUGACGAUGCCAGUGACAAGGACGAUGAUUCCGAUAAGGACGACGAGGACGAGGAGGUUGGUCCGCCGGCGGAGGGUGACUCUGGCAUCGAUCAGGGAUCUUGCUCCAGCGGAGACACUAAGGGAGCUGCCCGCUUGAGUGCUGCUCAAACUCUGGAAUCCUCCGCCAACUCUGGCCAGGGAAAGAAGAGCAAGAAGCAGCAGCAGAAGAAUAAGGCGGUGGCAGCUGUGGAACCAGCCUCUAUACCCACUCCUCCGGUCGUCUCACCCGCUUCAACCACCACCACCAACGUCACCAAGGGCAUCUCUGUGAAGAAGCAACCAACCGCGGCUGUCGAAAGUGUCGUCAAGGCGUCGUCGCCUCCCACACAAACGGUGGCGCUGGCCUCGGGUCCCUUAAAGCGCCAACUGGAGGUCAAGAAGGAAGAGACGUCCUCAGUGAAAAAGAAGGAGGAGAAGACCACCAGUUCGACCAGCAGCAACAAGCGCGAGAAGGAGAACCAAGCGCCCAAAGAGGUGGCCUUGCCGGCAGCCAAACCGACUCAACCCAGUAACUCCAGCAAACUGCAGAGUAGCGAUUCUGCCAGUAACAUAGGCAGUGCCACCGCCACAACUAUCACCACCCGCAAGGAAGUGGCCAAACCAGCAGUGGCGCAAUCCAUCAGCAGCAGCAACAACGUCAGCCUGAAUCCGGCUAAACGCAGCGAAGUUGAUGGAUGGAAGGAGGUGGUGCGUAAGAGCAGCACCCAGCAGACCACUGCGGCGGUGGGAGGUGGAUCCAGUGGUGCUCCAGUGCCUGCCACAGCCAGUGUCAGUUCGGCAACCAGCCUGCAGCAGCACCAUCAUCCGCAUCACCACCAUCACCUGGCCAACAACAACAGCGCCGGCAACAGCUCCAACUCGAGCGGAGGCACUGGUGCUUCGUCAGCGUCUUCCUCGGCACCCGAGAUGACGUGCAAGAAGGUUCAGGUGCCGGUGAACGCCAUCUCCCGUGUGAUUGGACGCGGUGGAAGCAACAUUAACGCCAUUCGAGCCACCACCGGUGCCCACAUUGAGGUGGAGAAGCAGGGCAAGAACCAGUCUGAGCGAUGCAUCACGAUCAAGGGUUUGACCGAUGCCACCAAGCAGGCUCAUAUGCUCAUACUGGCGCUCAUCAAGGAUCCGGAUGUGGACAUACUGCAGAUGCUGCCCAGGAUUAACAGCAGCAUCAAGCAGACCGCCAAUGCCAGCAACGCAGCAAGUGCCCCCAUGGCCGUUGGCACCUGGGAUAAUCGUACCGCUGCUGGCGUAAACGUAAACAACUUCUCAUCGGCGGCAUCCACCACCUCCACAUCGUCCAGUUCGUCGGCCAGUUCCACGACAGCGGCAGCAGCCUACAGCAAUGCGCACAAACAGCAGCAGCAGCAGCAGCCCCUGCACGCACAGCCUGCGAAGGGUUCCAGUGGACGUAGCUCGGGUUCUGGCAAGUCCAAUGGCAGCAGCUCCAAGUCGUCGGGUUCGGCGUCGUCGGCGAGUGCCUCAUCAGGUUCCUCCCGCGGACAGAAUGGCCGUGGCGGUUAUCUCAGCCAGCAGCAGCAGCAGUCUGGACGAAAUGCUGGUGGCCCCACCUCCUCGAAUGGCGUGUCCAAGGGAAGCAGCAAGGGCUCUGAGGGCUCGUCCAAAUCCGGAACGACAGCCCAGAAGAUUACCAACUCGGCUCAAGUAAAGUCCUCGACAGGGACUACCGGAGGAGUACAGAACUUUGCCAAGGCUGCAGCGGUCACGGCCACAUCUUCGCCCAAAAAGGCUGAGGGUGCUGGAGGAGCUGCCGCUGCUAUAAUUACCUCGGCUGGCGGACGGAGCAGCGGCGUGGUGGCUCCCUUCGGCAGAGGCAAACCAGUCUCUGCUGGGCCUGGCCAAGGAGGCGCCUCAACAGCGGUAGCUGGUCACGUUGCCCAACUGGGCAGCGGUGGCAAUAACAUAUUGGCUGGACCAAUUGGCACCUUCAAUGCGGCGGAUGUGGCCGCCGUGAAUGCAGCCGCUGCCGCGGCAUCAGUGACAACUAAUAGCAACGUGAAGCCUAUUGCUCCGCCCAGCAAGCGAGUGGGAUCACCCACCCAAGCACAGCAGCAGCAGCAGCAACAGGCACAACAGCAGCAGCAGACUCAACAGCAGCUGCAACAGCAACAGUUACAGCACCAACAACAGCAGUCGCAGCAGCAGCCAAUACAGCAGCAGCAACAGGCACACCAACAACAGCAGCAAGCACAGACUCAGCAGAAUCUGGUGAUCAACACGAAUAUUCUCAACGACUUGAUGGCGGCCAGUGCAGCCAACACUGCCAGCGAUAGCUUCAGUGCCCAGUUGGCGGCCAAGCUGUCGAGCGCCUAUUCCCUGUUCAGUGACUACCAGCAAUCGCAGUGGGGCAAGCUCGGAGAUCCAGGCGUUGGAGGCGGAGGUGCUGGACCUGUUGGCGAUAUUCUGCCGCAGGCGGAUGCCUCUAAGGCACCAGGAUACAAUCGCAACAUCCUUAGUUCGCCCGUGGGCAGUUCCAAGGCUUCGUCGAAUCACUCCACCUCGCCACCCGUGGGCAAUGUGAUCCAGCAACAGCAACAACAGCAGCAGCAGCAGCAACUGCAGCAGCAACCGCCAUCCAGCCAACAGAGUGUCCAGCAGGCCCUGAAUAUUAUAACCAGUAGUGGCGGUGGAGCGCCUGCACCGCCGGCCAGAUCACCAUUGGUGGCAAACAACGAGGUGAAUGCCUCAGGAGUUGCCCCCCAGGCCUCUAUCAACGGUACCCAGAGUGGUCUGGGAGAGACUGCCCCCGCCCACUCACCGGGUGUUAUUAAGCCGCCAACGGCCACGGCACCCAUUCAGAGGCAUGUUCCAAUGCCGAUGUCCGCCUCGGAGGCAGGAGGACCACCAACAUACGGAGCGAUCGGUUCCAAUCCGGCCAGCGGAGGUAAUGUGGCUGCCGCCGCAGCAGCAGCAGCCGCCGCCGCCAUGAUCGAUCGCCAGCAGCAGAAUCUACAGCGUCUGAUCUAUGACAAGGUAGGCGCCUCCCAGCAGCAGCAACAGCAGCAACAGCCGCAACCGCAGCUCAACUAUCCCAUGGAUCCGUCGUCCUCGCCGUACAUUGUCGAUGGCAACAACAUGCUUCGCUUGAAUCCGCGCGCCUCGGUCUUUGCCCAGGGCAACAAGCAGCCGCCACCACCGCAGGGUGGAGCGCCGCCAUCGAAUAUGUUUGGAGGCGGCGGCGGCAACCAGGGGCGACAGCCACCGGGUGCUGGUGCUAGGCAGCCAGGAGGUGCAGGCAGCGGGCAGCGCUGGUAUGGAGGUGCAUUGGAAUAUCCCUCGUACUCGGGCAGGGAUAUGCUGCAUCUGGAGAACGGAGCUGGCGGAAUGGCGGGCCUGGGCUCACCAUCUGCCAUGUCGCCCAACCAUGACGACAUCCGCAAGAUGCCGCGCCCCAUUGGCACGGAACGUGCUGCCUCCUGGAAGUUCAACAACUUCAACGUGGCCGCCUCGGCCCUGAGCAUGGACGACGCACUGUCGACCGUCCUGCCACCAUGGGCUCACGAGCCGAAGGCCCAGCCGCCAGGUUUGCAACAGCAGCCACCGCCUCCACCGCAGUCGCAGCAGCAGCCGCUCAACUGGCUGAAACAGCAGCAGCAGCAGUACAGGCCCUACAACAACGGGCCAUAUCCGCAGCAGCAGCAGCAUGAGCAAAUGAAUAUGCCCAUGGACUACCACAACAUGCAGGCGCCGCCAAAUAUGAGCCAACAGCAGCAGCAGCAGCACGUUAACCUGAUGCCCUCGUACGGCUUUCAGCAUUUCGUGGGAGCCCCUGGCGCAGCUGAUAUCUCUGCACACAUGCCGGACAAGAUGGAGGUGUGGGAUCACCACGACAAACACAUGCCUUGGACCAACUACACCACCAAUUGGUCCAACUGAUGUCCGCCCAGCGACAUUCUAAGCGAAGACCUCUUCUAGGCCUGCCAUUCGAACAACAACUGAAUCGAGCAGACCAGAGGGGUCUUCCGAGUUACCAGCCACAGUACCCAGCAACAGUAACAGCAGCAGCAGCAGCAGCAGCAGCAGCAGCAGCAGCAGUAGUACUAACUUGGUUUGAACCAUGUAAAAAGGGAAAGAUUGUUGAAUUCUUUCGUUUUCAAUUCGAACUCUCACUCUCGGCUUCUUCCUCACUUCCCACUUGCCACUCUUCCAAAUUAAACCUGCCAAUGCCAUUGAGUCCUAACGAGGAUAAUCCAUUCAUCUUCGUUUGGUGCUUGGGUUGGAUCCACAGGUGCCUGCCCCCCAUCCCCCCAAUACCAGAACAGAACAGAGAAAAGCAAACGGAAAAUGCGAAAAGCGCAACUAAAAAAAAUGUUCGCAAUAUAUAUUAUUUAUUUUUAAAAUGUAUUGAAUAAUUUUUGAAGCAAGAGCGUAAAGUGAAGUUAUUGUUUAAAGUUUCUGUUUGGUGUGUGUGUGUGAUGCACGAUCCACACACACGCACACUUCUACACUCCCACAAAACACACAAAUACAUUUACUUUUAAGUUUAAAGUCAGUCUUAUGAAUGAAACAUUAAAGUGAAAUGUUUAGCGCCAGCUAAGAAGGUACACACAGAGAAACAUUUAAUUCAAAAACAAUUAUCCAUAAUUACAUCUAUAUGCAUAUAUAUUUAAUAACAUUAAUAAAAUGGCAAGCAAAUGAA